UGAAAUCAGAAAUUGGAAAUGGGAAAAUCAAUUUCUCUCCCUCGAUAGCAUAAACACACCACACCAAGCAGACGCACAACACAAAGCCAGAUGGCUCCUCCUUAUAGUUCCUAACGCCUCUGCCCCUCAAUACUCAUCAUGCAUAAUAAGCAAAGCCAUUUCCCCAUAUAAACCCAUCACCCUUCUCCCUCUCUCAACAUUCUCACCAAACCAAACCUUUUUUUUAAGAACCCCUCUUCUUCUUCUUCUUCUUCUUCUUCUUCUUCUUCCCACAUCUCUCUCUUUUCUAGAAACAAACACAAACAUCCCUUUGUGCAGCAACAUCCAGCUAUGGUGGUUCUUUCUCAACCCGCUGCAUUAGACCAUUUAUCUGAUCUGAUCAAAGCAUGCAAGCCCACCAGCUUGUUCACUGGAAUUCCAGUCGUGGACCUCUCAGACCCUGAAGCAAAACACCACAUAGUCAAGGCCUGUGAAGACUACGGCUUGUUCAAGCUGGUCAACCAUGGAGUGCCAUUGGACUUCAUGACCACGCUUGAAGCCCAAGCUCUCAAAUUCUUUAACUUACCCCAGUCAGAGAAAGAGAAGGCAGGCCCUGCCGAUCCAUUCGGCUACGGAAGCAAGAGAAUUGGCCCAAACGGUGACGUGGGUUGGAUUGAAUACAUCCUUCUCAACACCAAUCCUGAUAUCAUCUCCCCCAAGUCCCUCUCCAUUUUCAAAGAAAACCCAGAAAUUUUCCGUGAUGCAGUGUUAGAUUUUAUCUGCGCGGUGAAGAAGAUGACCUUUGAGGUAUUGGAAUUGAUGGUUGAUGGGCUGGGGAUUGAGCCAAGGAAUGUGCUGAGCAAUCUUCUAAGAGAGGAUAAGAGCGACUGUUGCUUCAGGCUAAACUACUAUCCGCCAUGUCCAGAGCUUCAGGCAUUGAGUGGACGAAACUUGAUUGGGUUUGGGGAGCACACAGACCCACAGAUCAUCUCUGUCCUGAGAUCAAACAACACAUCAGGCCUGCAAAUCAGUCUCAAGGAUGGGACUUGGGUUUCUGUCCCACCUGAUCAGAACUCCUUUUUCAUCAAUGUUGGUGAUUGUUUGCAGGUGAUGAGCAAUGGGAGGUUCAAGAGCGUGAAGCAUAGGGUUUUGGCAGACACUACAAGUUCAAGGAUUUCAAUGAUCUUCUUUGGAGGGCCACCUUUGAGUGAAAAGAUAGCACCUCUGCCGUCACUUAUGGCAGAAGGAGAAGAAAGCUUGUACAAAGAGUUCACGUGGUGUGAAUACAAAAAGUCCGCGUACAAGUCAAGGCUGGCUGAUUAUAGGCUAGGGCUGUUCGAGAAAUCUGUGCCAAUGAUGUCAAAUUCCCAAUUUUAGGAAAAAAAUGUUUUAGGUUUUGUUUAAAGCUCAGAAUAGCUCUGAAAAAGUCGACUCUAGCUGCUCAGUUUGCCAUAGAAGGCAAACAAAUAGGUUGUUAUCGAUCUUCUUCUUUCUUUUAUUUUUCCUUCGGUCCCUUUUCUUUUGACUUGGUUUCUUCUUUCUUUCUUUUUCUUUUGUUCUUUGUUUCAAUGUAACAAGAAGAACCACCUUCUGCCAAUGCGAGUUUGUCAUCUUCAUGU